GGCCUCGUUCCCGUCAGGCCCUGCGGCCGCGCCGCGACCCAAAAAAGACGAAAAUCACCCCAAAAAAACCCCCAAACCUCCCCAGGAACCCCCCCGGGACGCCCCGGCCCCGCCAUGACCCUUUUCCACUUCGGGAACUGCUUCGCCCUCGCCUAUUUCCCCUAUUUCAUCACCUACAAGUGCAGCGGCCUGUCGGAGUACAGCGCGUUCUGGCGCUGCGUCCAGGCCGGAGCCACCUACGUACUGGUGCAACUGGGAAAGAUGCUGUUCUUGGCCACCUUCUUCCCCACCUGGGAGGGGCCAUCGGGGGGCUAUGACCUGGUUGGGGAGUUCCUCCGUGCCACGGUGGACGUGGCGGAUCUGGGGGGGCUGCAGCUGGCGCUGGGCCGGGGUGGGGGCCGAGGGGAGCUGCGGAUCCUCGUGGCCGCCCUGGGCUGGGCCAGCGCCGAGCUGCUCACGGCCAGGUGCGUCCCCCUCUGGGUGGGGGCGCGGGGGGUCGAGUUUGACUGGCGGCACCUCCAGAUGGGACUGGACUCCAACAUCAGCCUGGUGCGCCACGUGGCUGGCGCGCUGCUCUGGGCCUCGGGGCGCCAGGACCUGCCGCCGCACCUGCGGCUGCCGCUGGGGGGGCUCCUGGUGGCCGCCGCCUACGAGGGGCUCCUGGCGGGCUGGGCCGGGCAGGCGCUGGGCCUGGGGCCCUGGGGGGCCCUGGGGCUGCGGGCGCUGGGGGCGGCGGCGCUGGGGCUGGGGGCCCUGCGGCUGCUCGUGCCCCUCCUGCCCCCGCCGUGACACCCCCAGGGCUCGCCUGUCCCCAGUAAACCCACCUGGGACACUCCUGUCCCCAAUAAACCACCUGGGCCACA